UUACAUGUAACCGAGUCAAAAUGGCGGCAACUUCGAAGGCAGCCAAGUUGGGGAAAUGUUUCAAGGAGAAACUUGAUCAACUUGGCUGCCCAUUUACAGAGGGUGUUGAUGAAUCAUGGAUUACAGAACCACUCUUCAAACCUGGAGAACCAAGAAUUAGACUGUUACAGUGGCUAUUCUCAAAAUUUGAUUCAAAGCUUGCUGAGGUUCUGGAUCCAGACUAUGCCCCAGUUGGAUCCAAGAUGGACUCAAGAAUACAAAGACUACUGGACGUGGCCAACACGCUGGGCCUUUGUAGAUACGAUGAUGUUGACCUCAUCAGGGGUGUGACGUCCGUGUCCAAGCAGGCAUCCUUCAUGACCCAACUCAUAGACAUGGUGAGCAUCAUUGAUGCCUCGGAGGAGACCACUAUGGCUGCACUCCGGAGUCCAGGGGUGGUCAGCCCAAGCACAGGUUUGACAGAGCAGUUCGGGGCUGAUUGCCUCCUGAUGGAUCAUCUGGCAAAUCAGGAGAAGACGGACGUCCUGUUCAACUGCCAUGUGAGUCUGCUGCCACUAGACCUUCAGCGAAAACUGGACAUACAGUGGGUGGAGAAGGGAUUCUCCAAGGACAGCCCUCCAGUUCCCGACCUGCCUGCUCUUGUCAACAUCACCACACAGGUCACAAAGAAUCUCAACCGCCAGAUUGAAAUACUUAUAGACUUCAAGCAACAACACAGGUACCAGACCAGUGCAGAGAAUGAGCAACUGGACACUAUGAGUCGGACACUGACCGUUGUCCUGUCUGAGCUGUCACAGCUGACCGUCAGUUUCACCUACUGCUAUGAGAAUGAGAUGCGGCACUGGUGCAACAAGAGUCCCCCAUCCCUCACUGGUCUCGGCAAGGCCUUCAAGAGAGUACACACUAUCCUGCACCAGUUUCACCAGUUGCUCAGCAGCAUCAGCCAAAUCCGCAUCACAUACACACAACUUGGACAGGAGUCCACUGAUGCAGACACAGACAACAAAGUCGACAACUUAGUGAGCGCUGGCCAGUCUGCUAGAGACAAGUUCCAGGAGUACAUCAGCAUCCUGGAGGAGUCCCUCAAACGCCAGGAGUCUUGUCUUCAUUCCUCUAUCUUACCUUGCAAGAUGUAAAUAUCAGCCAUCAACACAUUAUUGUACAUUCCUAACAUAAUGGCAAAAUGAAAUAUAUAUUUAAUCAAAUUUGCUCAUCAUGCUCAUGUAUCGGAGAAAUAAAGAUUAUUCUUGUCAUA